AUGUCGUCCGUGAAGGCCUUCAAUCCCUCGCUCCAGGCGCGGCGUGACCCGUACUACAAGCGCAACCACAUGGGCCGCGUCACGUGCACGCUGUGUGACAUCUGCUGCACCGACGACAACAACUUCCUCAAGCACCUCGCGGGCAAAACACAUCGGAUGCAGCUUGAGCGGAUGGAGCGCAAUGCACGGCGUGAGGAGCGCCUCGCCGAAGAGGAGGAGCUCAACAAGGAGGCGAUACGGCGCGCCGAGCAGGAGAAGGCUGCGCGCGACCUCCUGUUGCAGCAGCAGUCUGGAAGUCGCAGCGGGGCCGCCGCUGCUGCCGCGGCUGCUGGCUUCGCACCGUUCGGUAAGCCGCAGUUUCACUACUGNGCAGUCUGGAAGUCGCAGCGGGGCCGCCGCUGCUGCCGCGGCUGCUGGCUUCGCACCGUUCGGUAA